AAGAAAAUGUUCAACCGAACUACUGUGACCGAGUUCCUUCUCCUGGGAUUCUCUUACAUUCGGGAGCUGCAGAUUUUGCACUUUGUGGUGUUUCUAAUGAUUUACCUGGCAGCUGAUCUCGGCAUCCUGACUGUCAUGGCAUACGACCGAUAUGUUGCAAUCUGCCAACCACUGCACUAUGAGAGAGUGAUGAACAGGAGAGCUUGUGUUCAAAUGGCAGCCAGUGCCUGGAUCAGUGGUAUUCUUUACUCUGCCCUGCACACUGGGAACACAUUUGCAAUAUCCUUCUGUGGAGGUAACAGAGUGGAUCAGUUCUUCUGUGACAUCCCCCAGCUACUCAAGCUUGCCUGCUCUGACUCAGACCUCAGUGAAACUGCGGCUAUUGUCUUCAGUGCAUGCUUAGUCUUAAGCUGCUUUGUUUUCAUAAUUGUGUCAUAUGUUCAGAUCUUCAAAACUGUGCUGAGAAUCCCCUCAGAGCAGGGCCGGCAUAAAGCCUUCUCCACCUGCCUCCCUCACCUCAUUGUGGUCUCUUUGUUUAUUUUCACUGCCAUAUUUGCCUACCUGAAACCCAGCUCAAGUUCCACAUCACGGCUGGAUCUCAUGCUGGAUGUCCUCUAUGCUGUAGUGCCUCCAAUCCUGAAUCCAAUCAUCUACAGCAUGAGGAACAUGGAGAUCAAAGUUGCCCUGAGGAAAUUGAUUGGAUGGAAGUCAUUCAUAACAAAUAAAAUGCCAAUUUUUCUCUUUUGUUUUUAA